GAAAUGUCAAUAUCAACUCAUAUCCGUUCUUGCAGUCUGUGAUCACUCCAGCCACCGCGAUUAAGCGCAAGCCCUCGCGGACAUCUGCCGUCCCGCAAACCUGACAGCUGAGUAUUGCCGGUUUGACUGUUGAACAGCAGCUUCAGACACGUAGCUCUGUUUGACCAGGACCGGUUUCAGGCGUUCGCCUUGCCUUGUUCGCCAAACCAUCGCCGGUGGGCCCUUCGGCAGCCAACGACUUCUGACCUCCAGUCGCGCCAGUCGCAGCCUUCCCCAGCCCUCUUCAGUCUUUACCAUGGUCUUCGGCUGGGGCCGCGGCGGCAGCGCUGCCAGCGCACUCGCCACCGGCGGUGGCGUCAGCACCGCGGGGCCGCAGGAGCGCGCGGUCAUCGCGGACGCCGCGGGCGUUGCGCCGACCUUUGACUCCCUCCCCUCCGACAUCGGCUCCGGCUCUAGUGCCGCGGGCCUGGAUGCGGCUGUGGGCGCAGACGACGUUAGCUGGGCGCCGCUGCCCGCUGCGGGCGGCGGUGGCGCCGGGGCCAAGGGGACGGGACCCAAGGAACCGCAGCCCUACCGCUUCCAGAGCCACGCCGUUAAGGCGCAUCUAAAGGACCGCAGCACGGCGGUUGUGGACAUGCGUGCUGUGGUGUCCGAGGCGCCCUGUGACGUGGUGUUCGACCUGCUGGCGGACCCGCACCAGCACGAGCGCAUAUUCGAGGCCAUAGAAUCUGCCAACGCUGUGCUUGUGUCGGAGCAGGGCCCGGUGCGGCGCUGGCGGCUGGACUACCGCGCGCGCUGGAAGUUCUGGAAGGUCGGCGGCGUGUGCGAGAACCGGCUGUGGAUGACCACGGACAGGGAGGCGGGCACGGUUUCCUUCGUGCUGCGGGAGCCUGGCUUCCUGCGCAAGUAUGAGGGUACCUGGACCAUCACCGGCCCGUCAGGCAAAGGCCCCGGCGGCGCCUACAAGACCCCCGCCGCCGUCGCCGCCGAAUCCGCUCACUCCGCCUCCGGCCUCUCGCUGCCCUUCCUCCAGCACCGGAACGUGUCUUCUCCGACAUUGACACCCUCCCCCUCCGCCUCCGGUCUCCACGACGCCUCCGCAGCCGCCUCUCCUCGCUCCCUGUCCUCCACGUCCUAUCGCGGCAGCUGCAGCGGCAGUAGCAGCGGCAGUAGCAGCGGAGGCCUGUCACCAGCCGACACCCCUCGCAGCUCCGCAUCUGGCGGUGUCGGCCUGGGCGGCUUCCUUGCCUCCAUCAACAACCCCUUCAUGUCGUCUGGCCACCAAGGCAGCAGUGCUGCUACAGCCGAGGCCAUCCGGACGCCGCUACAGACUGUCAGCCCCACCACCAUUGUGGUCAGCAAAUGCAUCUCGCCCAAGGUCGCGCCGCCCUUCCCCAUCAACCAGGUGCUCAAGGGACACGCCGUGGGUCAGGUGGGUGACAUGCUGGAGGGGCUGCUGCUGGCCACCGCCCAGAAGAUACUGCUCGGCGAGGAGGGGGAGGAGCAGCGCGACGGGUAGCUGCGGAAUUGAGUGCCACUGCUGCAGAAAUGAUGAGUGCUGCAGAAAUUACGAGUGCUGCGGAAGUAAUGAGUGUUGCACCAGUGAUGAGUGUUGCAAAAGUGAUGAGUGUUGCGGAUUGAGGACCGCAAAAGGAAAUGGAAGAGGGAUGCAAACUAGGACGCAGGGGGCCUUAGGGGAGUACCAGCGGCAGUGACGGAUUGGGGAUUGCAGGAGCAUUUGCGAAGGGAGGUGAUGUACAUUGAUCAAAUCCUUCGGUACAGUUGCAACAUUUGGGUUGCGCACAGUUGCAAAAGGACCUAUUUUGAUCCGAGCGCGGACAGUGUGGGCAGCUGUGCAUGUGCGCAUACUUACUUGUCUUACAUGUCUGGGAGAAACACGUGCUUGCGGGGAGUAAAGGAGCCGAAACUGUGUAGUGCGAGGGGACUCGGGGAAGUGAGGCGGACCUGCCUGUUGGCGAGCGCAACGGAAGACGGGAGGCUACUGUGCCAGUAGCCAGCACUGGUCCCGCAAUCAGUAGUAAGCACAAUGCGUGUAUGUGCGCAAUUACGCGUGUGUUACUGUUCGGGUACUUUGAUUUGAUGAUGGUGGUGAUGAUGAUGAGCGAAAGAUGGCAGCUACGGGGCGGCGUGGGCAAGCGGGCUUCGCAACUGAGGCAUGUGUCGUGUGUGCCCGAUGCUGGUGUGGCAUUAUUGAGACGCUGCCCGCCGGGUCAUCGCACCGCCGCCACACCACGCCCCCAGGGAACAUCCGCAAGGCACGCGUAUUACCGCCGUGCGGCGCUGCUGGAAUUGUUCGGACUGGUUUGCAAAAUUCUUCCAUUGACGAGACGAAGAAUGACUGUGUACGCGUGCGAACUGGAAUUGAGAGAGGUGGGAAGUGGAGUGUAGAUUGGGCUGUGGAAGUUGAGAUUUGUGUUGGGAUUGUUGGCAUUUUCUUGUUGUGGGGGUGGGGUUGAGAGGUACUGAUGCUUCGUGCUGUAAAUCAACUGGCGC